AUGUCCGGUAUCGGGAAAAGAGCUGGAGAUACUCGUUGGAGUUCAAAUUUCAACUCUAUUUGUAGCUUGAUAAGUAUGUAUGAAGUAACUUGUACAAUUUUGAAAAUCAUUGCAAAAGAUGCAAAGAAAUUUUCCCAACGUGCGGAUGCCGAUAGUUCUUACGAUUACUUAAAGUCUUUCGAUUUUAUAUUUAUCUUGCGUUUGAUGAAAGAAAUUAUGGGGACAACAUAUUUGCUUUGUCAAGCAGUGCAAAAACAAUCUCAGGAUGUUGUUAAUGCUAUGCUUUUGGUUCGUUCAACAAAAGCUCUUAUUCAAGAUUUGAGAGAAAAUGGUUGGGAUAAGUUGUUUGCCAAUGUGGUGUCUUUUUGUGAAAAGCAUGAUAUUGAGAUUCCCGACCUCAAUGAUUGUCAUUCAACAACAAGAUUUGGGCGUUCUUGCCUUGAAGAGAAUCAGGUAACAAUAGAGCAUUAUUUUAGAGUAGAAUUUUUUUUUACUACCAUUGACAAACAAUUACAAGAGUUGAGUAGUAGAUUUAGUGAGCAAGCAAUGGAUUUGUUGACUCUAAGUUGUGCUUUGUCUCCUGAGGAUGGAUAUAAAGCUUUUGACAUUGAUACUAUAUGUACUCUUGUUGAAAAAUAUUAUCCCAUGGAUUUUAGUGAUAAAGAGAAAAUUAAUUUGCCAUUUCAUCUUCGACAUUUCCUUUUUGAGGCUCGCCAAUCAUCAACUUUGAAAAAUUUAUCAACUAUCCAAGAAUUAUGCUCAUGUUUGGCUGCCAUCAUUCCUGUCAAUGGACAACCCAAAAAAUACUUGUUGCUUGAUUGGUUGUUGCGUCUUAUUAUGACACUUCCGGAUUCUACAGCCACAACUGAAAGAUCUUUUUCGGCAAUGAAAAUUAUCAAGUCUAAGUUGUGA